AUGUUCCUCCCACUCGCAGCCAGCGUGGCCUCCGCCUUUACCAAAACAGCGCUACUUAUCAUCGAAAUCAUCAGCUUCUCCCUCGCCACAACGAAGCUCCUCUGCAUCAUAGCCCUUCUUCUCCUUGGACCUUUGAUCUAUCUCCACCGCCGUAACAUUAUCAAAGCCACGGAACGCCGCAUCGAGAGCACCAUCCUCCGUCGCCAACAAGAAGGCUCGAAGCCGCUAGACUUGGAACGCCUGCGCAUUCUCAUCAGGGACCAGGAGAUUCGGGAUCGGGAUGCGGGCUUGGAGGAUAGUGCGAGGAUAGACAGGAGAGCUCAAGGACUUGGAGUCGGAAGCUGA